UCUCUCUCUUCCUCUCUGUGCGGUUUUUGCGCGUGUCCUGUUAUCUUCUCCAGUCCUCCGCCCUGCCAGGGAUUCCCACUUGCUCUAUUAACUCCUCACUAGUAAAUCUGCGCGCCGAUCUAUCCACCUGAAAUGGAGGUGAAGCUGUGGAAUGACAAGCGUGAAAGGGAUAUGUAUGAGAACUUUGCUGAGCUCUAUGCUAUAAUUCGAGCCACUGAGAAGUUGGAAAAGGCGUAUAUUCGCGACAUAAUAUCUCCAUCCGAGUACGAGAUCGAGUGUCAAAAGCUCAUCACGCAUUUCAAAACCCUGGCCUCCACAUUGAAAGACACCAUUCCCAACAUUGAACAGUUCGCUGACACUUACAAGAUGGAUUGUCCUGCCGCCAUAAACCGCCUGGUUGUGUCGGGUGUCCCUGCCACAGUGGAGCAUCGGGCUGCGGCAGCUACGUCUUCAACCACCUCAGCCGCCAUCGUUGCGGAAUGCGUGCAGAACUUUAUCACAGCGAUGGAUUCACUUAAAUUGAAUAUGGUGGCUGUGGAUCAGGUGCAUCCACUGCUUUCAGAUCUCUCUGCUUCUCUCAAUAAGCUGACCAUACUGCCUCCAGAUUUUGAGGGGAAGACAAAGAUGAGGGAUUGGAUUUCGAGGCUCUCCAAGAUGGGGGCAGCGGAUGAGCUAACAGAGCAGCAGGCCCGGCAACUCCACUUUGAUUUGGAGUCCUCAUACAAUUCGUUCAUGGCAGCUUUACCCAAUUCCGGUACUUGAUAUCUUUUGGUGUGGAAAAACAACUUGGGCGUUUUCUGCUUUUUGUGGAUAUUGGUUAGACACUUAGACCUACGUAUCUCAUAUGUAGAAAAUGAUGGCGUCUCUUGUAUCAUAGCAUUAGAAAGUGAUUGCCUGGAUGGCUUUGAUUUUGUAAAAUGUGACCUGUGGAAUGAUGGGAUUAUUGAUCUAGAAGCGCUUCGAGAUAGUUUCCUUUCU